UAUAGGUAAAUCUAUCGUAUAAUCGGAAGACACAUUUAGAAGGAUUACUCAUAAUAAGUGUUUUGUGAUGACAAUGUUCACUUUAAGUAUGAGAUACCGUUGAUCGGACUUGCAUAAUUACAUCAAAACAUGUACUUAAAAACUGAAAAAGCUAUGUAUGACUGUUUACAAUGCAGUUUAACAAAGUUUGGAUUGCAUGGACAUCAUGAAGUUUGACUUUGAAGUGUUUCAUGUUCUUAAUUCGAGAAUAAUGUGCGAUUUCAAACGAAAAUGAACGUUCUGAAAAAACAUAACUAACAAAAUAAAACAAACAACAAACAACAACUUAUUUAUUUUGAUUGUUCAAGUAAUGCUGACAUUGUGACAGUGACAGUGCUUUUUGACAAUGUUUUUGUGUAUAAAAGUGAUUAUUAUCGCGAGGAAUAUCGCUCCGUUGAGCUCAAUCAAGGGCAAGGGACGUCGUUUGGUAACUAUUUGAAUACUAACCGGAAUAACCUGCAUUGAGUUCCUCUUCCGAUGAUGGUUCUAAGACGGUUAACCCCAGAUUCCCUUAGAAAUAUAGUUGAAUGAGUAUAUGAAAUGGCUGUACGUUAUAUUUCGUUUCUGUGUGUUCCCCUUAAGCGUUAUUCGCCUAUACGGUAUAUUGCCUGUUUAUUCAUUCAUCUAUGCAUUUGAUAUAAAGGUACUAAUAUUGUUCAGUUAAAUAUGGAUAUACAUUGGACCAUGAUCGCAGGGUUUUUGACAAUCAUCGCUUGGUUUUGGUAUUUCAAUUAAAAAAUGAACCGACUAAUGCAAGACAGGGGCCGACAUACUAUGUUAGUAAAAAAUGACAAGAAACAGCAAACGGAAGUAUACGCAGUCAACAUGAAUCAACAAACAAAAGUAGCCACAAUAAACAGAUAUCAACAAACAGAGGUAGCCAUCAUCAACGGAGAAGUGAUCACUACUGACAAACUUCAACAAACAGAACAAGAGACUGUUGACAAACAUCAACAAACAGAGGUAGCCAUCAUCAACGGAGAAGUGAUAACUACUGACAAACAUCAACAAGCAGAACUAGAGACUGUUGACAGAGAUCAACAGACAGAACUAGAGACUGUUGACAAACAUCAACAAACAGAACUAGAGACUGUUGACAGAGAUCAACAGACAGAACUAGAGAAUGUUGACAAACAUCAACAAACAGAGGUAGCCAUCAUCAACGGAGAAGUGAUAACUACUGACAAACAUCAACAAACCGAACUAGAGACUGUUGACAGAGAUCAACAGACAGAACUAGAGACUGUUGACAAACAUCAACAAACAGAAAUAGAGCAUGUUGACAGAGAUCAAGAGACAGAAAGAUGCACGUUGGAACAGACGGGAAAAGCGCAAGGUAAUGCGUGUCCAUUGCUUGUAUAAGUAAUUGUACGAUUUAGAACUUAACUGUUCUUUACGUGCCCAGCUAAGCACAAUGCCGAUUAGUGGGUUACGAUUGUAUGCAAGUUAGCUCAUAUAUUGAUGGACCAGCUCUUCAAACAUUUAAUUCAUGUAGUAUUUUUACUUUCGACUAAGCUCAAGUUUUUCUGUUUUAAAAUCCGGUUAAACUAUGACUUAUGCUCACCCCUAACGGUAAGAUUAAUUGUAAACUAAAUAGUCAUUUUACUUCAGGUCCGAAUUGUGUUAAAGAACAAAAACGGUUGUUUUCACAUAGCAACACAUUUAGAAGGAUUACUCAUAAUAAGUGUUUUGUGAUGACAAUGUUUACUUUAAGUAUGAGAUACCGUUGAUCGGACUUGCAUAAUUACAUCAAAACAUGUACUUAAAAACUGAAAAAGCUAUGUAUGACUGUUUACAAUGCAGUUUAACAAAGUUUGGAUUGCAUGGACAUCAUGAAGUUUGACUUUGAAGUGUUUCAUGUUCUUAAUUCGAGAAUAAUGUGCGAUUUCAAACGAAAAUGAACGUUCUGAAAAAACAUAACUAACAAAAUAAAACAAACAACAAACAACAACUUAUUUAUUUUGAUUGUUCAAGUAAUGCUGACAUUGUGACAGUGACAGUGCUUUUUGACAAUGUUUUUGUGUAUAAAAGUGAUUAUUAUCGCGAGGAAUAUCGCUCCGUUGAGCUCAAUCAAGGGCCAGGGACGUCGUUUGGUAACUAUUUGAAUACUAACCGGAAUAACCUGCAUUGAGUUCCUCUUCCGAUGAUGGUUCUAAGACGGUUAACCCCAGAUUCCCUUAGAAAUAUAGUUGAAUGAGUAUAUGAAAUGGCUGUACGUUAUAUUUCGUUUCUGUGUGUUCCCCUUAAGCGUUAUUCGCCUAUACGGUAUAUUGCCUGUUUAUUCAUUCAUCUAUGCAUUUGAUAUAAAGGUACUAAUAUUGUUCAGUUAAAUAUGGAUAUACAUUGGACCAUGAUCGCAGGGUUUUUGACAAUCAUCGCUUGGUUUUGGUAUUUCAAUUAAAAAAUGAACCGACUAAUGCAAGACAGGGGCCGACAUACUAUGUUAGUAAAAAAUGACAAGAAACAGCAAACGGAAGUAUACGCAGUCAACAUGAAUCAACAAACAAAAGUAGCCACAAUAAACAGAUAUCAACAAACAGAGGUAGCCAUCAUCAACGGAGAAGUGAUCACUACUGACAAACUUCAACAAACAGAACAAGAGACUGUUGACAAACAUCAACAAACAGAGGUAGCCAUCAUCAACGGAGAAGUGAUAACUACUGACAAACAUCAACAAGCAGAACUAGAGACUGUUGACAGAGAUCAACAGACAGAACUAGAGACUGUUGACAAACAUCAACAAACAGAACUAGAGACUGUUGACAGAGAUCAACAGACAGAACUAGAGAAUGUUGACAAACAUCAACAAACAGAGGUAGCCAUCAUCAACGGAGAAGUGAUAACUACUGACAAACAUCAACAAACAGAACUAGAGACUGUUGACAGAGAUCAACAGACAGAACUAGAGACUGUUGACAAACAUCAACAAACAGAAAUAGAGCAUGUUGACAGAGAUCAAGAGACAGAAAGAUGCACGUUGGAACAGACGGGAAAACGCAAGGUUUGGCCGUUGACAGCGACUUUGUCGGGGUUGUGAAAGAUGAGUUAGAAAAGUUUGAAAAUAGUUCAAGGGCUACCAAUUACAUCGAUAUAAAAAGAAAAAAUGGUACUAAAGGUUUAGAGGAAAAACUAAAGAUGUGAAUAAACAAAUGGAAGUCAACUAAAUUGAAUAUUGCAGUCAUUGGGCAAGCUGGUGUUGGAAAAUCUACUUUCAUUAACACAUUUUUAGGUGAUAGAAUUGCAGAGACAGGGCCUUUCGAAACAACAGUCAGAUGCGAACCUUAUUUUCACCCUAAAAAUAACAAUAUGGUACUGUGGGACGUUCCUGGAGUAGGAACACGUUCAUUUCCAAGAAAUGACUACCUGCAGAAAAUAAGCUUCCGAAGUUAUGACUUCUUUCUCUUAAUGCUAAGUGAAAGGGUUUAUGAAAACGAUUUAUGGUUAAUGAAGUGCAUUUUGAAAAUUAAAAAGAACGCUCACAUUAUAAGGUCAAAAACAGAUCAAGCGAUUGAAAAUGCCCAAAAGGAUUAUCCUGACCGUCCUAAAAAAGAAGUUUACGACAUGUUAAAAGAUCACAUCGUCAAAGAAUUCCUUUCUGAAAACAUUCGUGUAACAAACAUAUAUCUCAUAAGUGGACAUGAUGACAGCCGCUUUGAUUUCAAACUAUUAGUUUCAACACUUUUGCGCGAAACACCUGAUUUGAAACGCUGUGCAAUGACAUUGUCUGUUGCCCCCCUAUCUAAUGAUAUUAUAACAACAAAGGUGGACGUACUUAAGGAACGAACAAAUGCACACGCAUUGUUAUCAUCAAUGGUAGCCACAAUACCGAUACCAGGUGCUGGCAUUCUCGUACAGGUGGUUAUGUUGUACGAAGAAGCUAAUUUCUACAGAACGCAAUUAGGCACAGAUGAAGACAGCUUAAAAAAGAUUGCAGAAAGAGUACACUGCUCUGUUAAAGAUCUACAAAUAAAGUUAGACAUGAAGAUGCAUAUUAUACUUCGUACAAAAAUGGCUUUUUUAUCCUACUUAAGGACAAAUAUAGCAACAGAAGGGAUUCAAUCUGUUUUGAAACUAGCUAUCCCAUUAAUUGGAAGCCUCAUCGGGGUAGGAACAAACUAUUCGCUCUGCGUUUAUUCAUUGAGAAAAAUUCUAUCAGAGGUUGAGAAAGAAGCACGAAGCUUAAAUGCAUAUGUAGUGAAAUGGACCGAAAGUGAAAGCCAGAUUUAAAUUCUAAAUAAUUUGGUAAUCCAAAGUUAUUAUUUCUGUUUUUGUAAACGUUAUCCUUGUGCGGUUAUAAUAACUCAACAGUGAUUCGUAUUUGGUCUCACGUCUCGGGAAUGUUUAUGUUACAGUCAGAUGUUUUCUGUUUAAAUAAUUUAAAUAUAAAACAAACAUACAAAAUAUAUUGAGUAUGUCAGCUAAUUGAGCUCGCCUCCGAUUCAUAUUUGAGAGAAUAACUUUUUUAACAUUUUAAUAAUGUGUGAUGGUUUGUUGGCGUGCUCGUUAUUGUUUGUGUAUACAAGUUGUGACUUACCACGACUUGUCUAAAUCUUUGGUGUGUUUAUAGUUUGUUAACGUGCUUGUGAUGACUUUUAAAUUGUGUUUGAGACAAUCCUAUUUGAAAAAUGCUCGAAAAAAAGAGAUUUCUCAUAAAAAAAAUGCCAAUAUAUUUCAACAACUGACAUUAAAUAUUACUUUAAGUCGUCAACUUUUAGCUCUUUGUUUUCAUAUAUUGCAGCAAAUCUUGGAUGAGUUUAGCCCAGUAAAACUGUAUGGGAAAACAAGACAUAAGAAAGUAGCUUUGCGAUUAAGCUCUGUUAGGGUAAACUCUAAAACGAAUAAGUGUUAUAGCUUGAUUAACAUGCUAAACUAUAACAAGUCUUUUAGGGUGAAAAAUGUACAAGAGUUGAAUGUGUGAAGGAGAACAUAUACAUGCUUAUAACGAUAUAUUGCUAUGAACAAAUAGUGUUCACUAUUUUAGUGAUUAAAUUUGUGUCGUAAGUAAUUGUAUUAGUUUGAUAAGUAUAUUUAACUGUAGCAAAUAGAACUGUUAAGUCAUGUGUGUAUGUAAUUAAAAAAGAUCAUCUGUACAUAUUAUGUAAAUGUUAUGUUCCGUUUUUGUUUUGUAAUACUUUCUCUACCCGAAAGCCAUUUUGGCUUAAUCAAGUAUAAAAGAUGAUUUACAUAAACCCAGCCAUAUUUAAUUGACAUAUAAUUUGUCUUGAUAAAUGAAAACGUGUCAUAUAUUUUGUUUUAACCGACACUGCUGAGGUAAGACCAUCCAAUGUCAUAGAUAUUCUAAACAAAUAAACGCAUACAUA